AUGUUAUCAUCGGGCACUUGGGACCGCGACUCGCUCACCCGCGUGAUCGAAUCGUACAUCAGCAACGUGGCGGGGCAUUACAAGGGCAAAUGCUACGCCUGGGACGUGGUCAACGAGGCGCUCAACGACGACGGAACCAUCCGAGAUUCGGUAUUCAACCGCGUCUUAGGGACGGAUUGGAUCCCCAUGUCCUUCAAGGCCGCCGCGGCCGCAGACCCGCAAGCCAAGCUGUACUACAACGAAUUCGGCAUCGAGCGGGUCGGCGCCAAACAGGAGGCGACCCUCAAGCUUGUUGACCUGAUCAAAAACAGCGGCGCCACCAUCCACGGCGUCGGCUUACAGGCGCAUUUCAUCCUCGGCUCGACGGGCACCAAGGAGGAGCUUGCGGCGUCCCUCAACUCCUUCACCGCCAAGGGCGUCGACGUCGCCUACACCGAGCUGGACGUCCGCCACCAGAAGCUCCCACCAGAUGCGCAGGCCCUGCAGCGCCAGGCAGACGAUUAUGCGGCGGCCGUGGGCGCCUGUCUGUCCGUGGACCGUUGCGUCGGCAUCACGGUCUGGGGCGCGUCCGACGCCCACAGCUGGGUUCCGACCACCUUCCCGGGCGAAGGUGCCGCCACGCUGCUCGACGAGAACAUGAACCCCAAGCCGGCGUACAAUAGGGUUCGAGACGUGCUGGCUGCUGCCGGGCGUGGCAGGAAGAGGUCUCCGAGAGUCCCUGCCUGA